CUGAAAAUUCAGUUUCGUUUUUGUAAUGCAGGACAUUAUUUCCGUCUUCGUCCUCCCGUAGCUUCCUAUGUCGCCAGACUGCCAGAAAUUCAAUAGGCUGCUUGGUUGUGGACGUGAGUUUGUUUUGAGUUUGAUGGAUGCUGUUGUCAGUGCACCUGAGAGCAGCGCUGUCGUGUCAUUAUUUCAGCCGGCACUUUGCCACUAUAAAUCAAGUUCACUUAUGCAUACAUGUGCUCCUGGCCAGCAUGUCAAGUGUAAGGUGGAUGUUGUCGUCUCAGAUUGUUUAUCUGAUAAUGAGUGCCGAUAAAUCUUACUGCGUGUUUCGUACUUUUAAGUGAAGUGAACCAGCUUUUCCUUGUCUAAACAGUAGCACAAGUAGAUUUAAAAGCCACCCCAACCUGGAUAUCCCCAGACAGACUGUUGUGAAGAAUCCUUUUAAACUGAACUAGCAUCAUAAUCUGAAAUAUUAAUAAUGAAAAUAAUGAUGAUAAUUGCUGCUCCAAAACAAUAAACAAGGCACACUUGGACAGAGUUGCUGUGCAUGUUUCCUUCUGCUGCUGAGAACUCAUGAUUGCAUGUUAGAGAAGGUACAUUAUUUAGCCAUUACACUAUUAUGUGAGGAUCGCUGAAUUGAGUAUGCUGUUGGUGUGUUUUAAUUUUCCCGUUAAUUUACACCAAACAGCCACAACGUUAAACCCAGGUGAAGUAAAUAAAAUGAAUCAUAUCUUUACCAUGCAAUGUUCUGCGGGGAAACCUGGGGUUCUGGAAAUCAUGUGAAUGUUCUUUACACAUACACCAUCCACCUAAGCACUGCAGAUCAGAUAUACCCCCUUCCCGUCAACAGCAGCCUCCACCCAGCUGGACAGUGUACCCCGUCACAUUCCAAAAACAGCUCAGGAAUGUCUCAAGGACCACAACAAGGGCCUGCAGACUUCCCAGAUCCCAACCUGAUCGAGAAUCUGUGAGAUGCACUGGGAUGGGCUGAAUCCACCCUCCCACCAUGGAGGAAGCUACAGAGGUAAUGAUCUUCCAGUUCGCUGUCUACGCCUCCUGGCCCCGCCCUUGCAGCUUUUAUCAGCUGCAGUGUGGCAUGUAGUGCAGCAUGGACUUGUGGACCACUAUGGGAUGCUGGAGGAGUUUGUUACCAUGGUGACGGAGCUGGUCCCAGAGCUGAUGAGCUACAGUCAGAGGGCUCAGCUCAUCCUGGGACUCAGGGCCAGGCUGGUUCUGGAGAUGUGUCGAGGUGACCACCCAGUGGACAUGCAGACCAUUCAACCACAUCUGGACAGAAUUAAAGCCCCUGUCAGCACUGCCAAGGAUCACCAUGUAACCAUCAACCAGGUGGAGGAAUCUGAAGUGAACUUUGUGGAGUUGGUGCAUUCACUGUUGGAAGAUCCAUCUGAAAGAAAAUACUUUUUCCAGGAAAUAUUCCCUGUAUACUUUGGCUCAAAGUAUGAUGCGGCACUUGAGAUGCUGGUGUGGGAGUUCAUAUCAAGACUGGAGGAGCUGCUGCCAGUUCCAGACUUCACACAGUUAGCAGCUUUGCUCAGAGAUGCACCGUCGUUCCUGGACGACUGUUUACAAACCUUUUUCCCAGCAGAGGAUAUGAAGACUGUACUUGAACACCACAGAAACCUCGGCCAUUUUAAAGAGAAAGAUCCUAGAUUAUUACCGAUGGAUGACUGCAUCCUCUCCUCCCUGUCUCUGCCACCUGGGACCAAAUCUGUCAUGAACUCCAGCCCUUGUUCACCUGCUCUCAAAGAUUUAAGCCCUGAAGAGCAUGAAGGACAUCUCAACGCUCCCCUCAGCACGAGCAGCCUGGAGAGAGCGAGCAGGAGGAGCUCUGAGACAUCGAGACAAAGACAGAUGGACACCAGAGAUUCAGGCAGUUGGCAGCUGCAGGUUAGAGGCAGGAGCAUUUCUCAGGAGAGGAACCCGCAAAAUGCAAUUGGUGCACCGGCGUGUGAUGAAACCAUAGACCUCACUACAUCCAAUGAGACUGCGGACACAGAGGUAGCAGCCGAUGACAACAGCCAGAGCCUGAGGGUAGGGCAGAUUCUCAGGAAGAGGAAGCUGAGCGGAGGUGUAGACGUUCCCACAAAACAGCCUGCACAGGCGCCAGCUUUCUUGGAUUCUUCUGUGGAUGAUGAGAAUUCAGGUGAAUCUCCUCUAAUUUCGAUAUGGGGAGAAUACACAGACUCUCAGGAAGGUUCCUUCCCAGUUGUAACAGACACAAAAGUUCCCUGGUCAGAUGAGGAGACGCUCAAUCUGCUCGACAUCUGGGGGAAGGACUCGGUGCAGCGGGCUUUGAAGGGCUGCUUGAAGAACCGUCACAUAUUCACGCAGAUCGCACAGAAGAUGGCAGAGAGAGGCUACAUGAGAACAGUGGAACAGUGCCAGACGAGGAUCAAACGACUGAAGAAAUGCUUCCGCCAGAAUAUUAAAGGGAAUUCCAGACUGGAGUACAAAAUUUACGAGCAGCUGGAGCGGAUCCUCAGCUCCUCGGCUCCUUCGGCUGUUCCUGAGAUCACCUACGAUGUAGAGGAGAUCAUCGAUGAAGAGGAGUCCCAUAACAGUGACGAGGACUUGCAGUUUCUCGGCCAUACAAGCCAACUGGAAAUCGGAACUAGAAGUGUCCCAUGGACAGACGUGGAGACAUUGGCCCUCAUCAAAACGUGGGGUGAGGACACAAUUCAGCAGGACCUGAGGGGAACGCACAGAACUGGACACAUUUUCUCUAUCAUAUCCAACAAGAUGGCUGCCCAGGGCUUCUCCCGAACACCAGAGCAGUGCCAAACAAGGCUGAAGAGGGUGAAAUCAAGUUUCAGGCAAUGUUACCAAAACAAUAUGAAGGGACAGGAGAAAGUAAAGUACAAGUUUUACAAUGAACUUGGACGAAUUUUAGUGAAGGACUUCAUUCCAGUGCCGCAGUUGGAUGAACUCCCAGGAGAGCCUGAAGACAACAACUUUCCCUCCUUCUCCCAUCAGGAUAUCGAGACUGCUGUGGGUGUUCAGGAAGACAGGAAGAAAGUCCCCUGGUCGGAUAAAGAGACCAUCAUCCUUCUGGAGAUCUGGGGAGACCCGCAGGUUCAGCAGAGCAUAAGGCGUUACCCACACAACGGUCACAUUUUUACCGAAAUAUCAGAGAAACUCGCCGCUAACGGCUACUCCCGCAGCGCAGAGCAGUGCCACACCAGGAUCAAACGGCUGAAAGCCAACUAUCGGCAGUGUCAGGAAAACAUGAGCAGCUCGUCUGGGACUGACAGAGUCGACUUUAAAUUCUACGAUCUGCUGGAACAAAUCUUGGACAAGCAGCCAUCAACCUCCACCGCCGUGGUAACGGAGUCCAUCGAAAUAUCAGAAGACUCCAAUGGUGAAUCAGCCACUGAAACAGAUGGAGAAAUUGGCGUGUCGGCAGGUAAACCGGCACCGAGUUCGUGGUCAGAUGAGGAGACCCUGGCGCUUAUUGAGAUCUGGGGCGAAGAAGAGGUUCAGAGGGCGCUGAGGGGUUUUGUACACAAUGGAUACGUUUACGCCGAAAUUUCGGAGAGGAUGCAAGACCUCGGCUACACUAAAACAUCUGAGCAGUGCCGCUGGAAAGUCAAGUCGCUGAGGAACAACUUUCGACAGUGCUACGACAAGAAGAAAAGUGGAAAAAGAGUGGAUUAUAGAUUCUACAAGCAGCUGGAACAGAUACUUGGACAGGAGGCAGUUUCUAUUGAUGAGUAUGAUGAAAGAGACGAACAACCAGACCAGGAUCCAGCAAGUGCAGAUGGUACCAACCCUGCAUGGACGGAGCAGGAGACAGUUGCUCUCGUGGAGGUGUGGGCGGCAGACGACGUGCAGCACAGCCUGAAAACCUGCGUCCGCAACAGCCACAUAUACGCGGAGAUAUCGGAGAAAAUGGCUGCCACAGGAUACCCGAGGACGUCGGAGCAGUGCCACUCUCGAAUCAAAAGGCUGAAGAAGACUUACAGGCGUUACUGCAAUAAUAGGAGAAGUGGACGGCCAUCUGUGUUCCGAUACUUUGACCUUCUGGCUCCAGUGCUCGGCGAUAACUCUGCGUAUGCUGACGUGGACAGUAUUACUGUUGACAGCACCGUGCAACCCCUUAUGGACAAGGAUCCUGAUACGUACGAGCAGCCCUCAGGCAGCCACCUCCUGGUCGACCUGAGCAGGAAGAUGCCCUGGUCGGACCAGGAGACGCGCACCCUGCUGGAGAUCUGGGGCGAGGACACCGUUCAGCUCACCCUGAGGGGCUGCCUGAAGAACCGCCACGUGUUUGAGUACAUCUCUGAGAAGAUGAGUGACCGAGGAUUCAUGAGGACCACGGAGCAGUGCUACUCACGCAUUAAGCGCCUUAAAUAUGGCUUCCUCCAUGAAAAGGAAGAUUUUAAAUUUUUCAAUGAGAUGGAUGAAAUCUUCAGGAAGGAGCUGAAUGUGGACAACUCAGUCCCAGAAACGUUGAUCGCAGAUGAGCCGGAUGAAUACACACUAGUGCCUGGUCAAAACAAAGUUGCCUCAGGUGGUACCCAGUGGGUGGCUGACAGCUCUAAGCUGGUCUGGAGUGAUGGGGAGACCAAGACCCUCCUGGACAUAUGGGGGAGUGAGGAGAUCCAGGAGAACUUGAAGGGCUGCACCAAGAACAAACACAUCUACAGCCAGAUCUCUGAGGUCAUGGCCAGCCAGGGCUACCUGCGCACUCCUGAACAGUGUCAGACCAGGAUAAAGAGACUGAGGGCCAAUUUCCGACACUUCCUGGAAGGCAGGAAAGGAGAGAAACAGGAGUGCAAGUUCUUUGACCAGCUGGUUCGGAUAUUUGGCAGCAAGUACAUGAUAAACUCUGAGCCGCUAGCCGACGAUGCAGUGGAUGGCGUAGUUUGAUAUCUAAACUUGAUCCAGAGACUUGAAACUGCCCGUCAUCAUGGUGUGAAAUGUGGACCCAGCGGCUGCAGACUGACAGAAGAACAUCCAGAAGAGGAAAAAAUAAGGAGGUUCAGAUGACCGAAGAGGGCCUGACCAGGCUCACUCAGGUCUACUUUUGUCUCUGUGUAUACUUCAGAUACUUUGACAUUCUGUAGUGAGGUGUGUGUGUGUGCGCGAGUGAGUGAGUGAGUGUGUGUUCGCAUCCCUCCACGAGUGUCUUGUGAUUAUUUACUACAGAGCCAUGGCAUUAAAACCAGAAAGCUCAGGGCUCGAGGGACUAAACUAGAUUUCUGAUCUCAACCUGGUGGGAGUCACACGAAAAGCUGUUCUCCUCCAGAAAACAUGUUGUACUUGUUUUUAAUUAUUUUGUACUUGAAGUAAAACUGAGCACAUGCAAAAAAUCCAUACACAAAAGGCCUCUAUUGCUGUAUACACAGCACACAUUUGCUUUUUCAUCUUUAUGCGUGUGUCACUUGUUCACUCUUUUGCCUGUGCACUUGUUAAAGCUGUUUGAAAUCUGACUGGUGAAACUAAUUCUUUUUUUCCUUUUUCUUUUUUACAUGCCAUAAGUUGAUCUUGUCCUGAAUUUUAUUUAUUUAAAUUAUUUACUUACGUAUUUGACAGUUUAAAUAUCUGACAUUUCAAACUUUACUGAAGCACAUUUUUCCACUAAGAUGUGGAGGUUUUGUCACAUCUAUUAAAAACAAACUUGAAUUGA